CAUUUGGAUUAUGUUUUCAAAAAGUUCAUUUUGUACGGCUUGGCAAAUAUGAGGAAGACGAGGUUCUUUAAUGGUAACUUUAGAAAGAGCAGCUAUCGCAGCAUGGGCUCUAAAAGAGACAACAAAGGACUAUUCUCCAUGUUGUAUCACGGGCUAAUGUCUGCGUUAUUUUUGCUUGGUGGACUAACGCUCGUUGGUGUGGGAAUAUAUGCGGAAGUAACCCACUCUGGUAAAUUUGAUUUGGACUGGACAAGUAGCUUCUGGAGUGCGGUUACAAACUUUGGAAUAGCUGCUAUAGUGGUUGGAGCAACGUUAGCAGUCAUCGGAGCAGUUGGAUUUGUUGCGUUCCAGUCCGGUUUUUGUGGAAAAUUCUUCAAGUUGGUCUAUUUUAUUCUCUUGGUUGCAGUAUUCCUUGUCUUAUUGUUUAUGGCCAUAGUAACUCUUAUGUUGGCUAACGGAGACAACGUGUCCACUCUUAAAUCGACACUUUGUGAUUCUUGGAAGAAUACCGAGCAAAACCAUCCUUCGUCUGUUGUAGCUAUCGAAGACCGUUAUAGUUGUUGCGGUUUUGACAAGGCAUGUACCAAUAGCGUCACAAGUGGUUGUAAUUAUACGUUGGACUGUUAUCAAGCAAUAACAAGUAAAUAUCACAAGUGGUAUUUGCCCGUUGGUGUUACUAGCAUAGUACUCGGAGGCUUAUCAUUAAUAGACAUUUUAGUAAUCUGCUGUUUGUAAGUCUGCAAAGCUCAGACUACUGACGUGGCUCUUGUAAAAAUA